CCAUUUCUCUUACCUUUCGUCGCGCGAUUGGAAUCUUUUUUUUUUUCUUCCGAAGGCUCGUUCGCUGUCAUCUCAGUCACCGCUCCUCCACGGAUCCUUUUCCCUUGCCCGAUCGUAGAGAUCAGGGAUCCCCCGGAAGUGGCCAAGGCAAGCGUUCUCGCUGUUCAGUGUUUCUGCGGAAAUUUAGCAUCUUGAGCAAUUGAUUAUGGUAGAUGGGUUUUGGCAGAGAACUUGAGGGACCGCUGGAUUUGUUGGGGGGAGGGAGGGUUCUUUUAAGGGCGUUUUUCUAGGUGAACUUUGUGGCAAGAAGACGGAGGAAUCUGAUCUCAUGAGAAUUGUCAGAGGAACUCAGAGAUUGGUUAACAGCGUGGGGGAAACCGUGCUGGGGCAAGACGAAUCAAUUGGCUGGGGUUUCGCGAUCGGUUCUGCCAAAGUCAGAACACGCGAUAAAGGGAUCAUUUGGACAGUGGAUCUUUGAGCAAGUACGAAAGGGUUUGACGGAAGUUAGGAGCUGCUGACGAGAUACUUUGUAUAGAUAAAAUGACUAGAAUCUUCGUUCAGCGUGGUUCUUCCUCAAAUUCUAAUCGGCCUCCAUCAAAUUCAACACCACCGUCUUCUCAGGCUUCCUCCACAUCUAAGGACGACCCAGAAAAACAGAUUAUUGAAGACCAAAAUGUAAUAGAAGAUUCUGGAGAUCGUUUGGAGAGUGUUGAGGAUAAAAUCUCGAAACAUGAUGAAUCUUCUCAAGUAAUUAAUGUCGAGGGUGCGACUAAUGUAUAUGAAGAAAACAAGUCUUCAAUUAAUGAUGUUCUGGAUUCUUCUGCUCCAAGGGCAGAAACCAGUGAGCAUCAUUUGGGCCAAGAAGAUGCUCUUCGAUCAGGCAUAGUUCCAUUGGUAAUUGGUUCACCACAGAUUGCUACAGGUGCUUCCUACCCUCCACCACCUCCAGCCCCACCAUUGAAGCCUUUUUUGACUAAUCAGAGCUCCAGGAGAAUGGGAUUAGGAUCGUCAAACUCUGUGAGGAUUGGUUCUUCAAGAAGGCAAACACCUUGGCCAGUCGUUGGAGCACGCUCACCAUCAAACUCUCGGCCUUCUUCCCCUAUGUCAUAUGGUGAAGGGGAUGGUUACAACAGUGCAGAUGAACAAGGCCCUGGCUAUGCGACCUCCUAUGGGGAUGUGGAGAGAGAAAGAUUGUUUGUUCUUGAGAUACGGCGGACAAAAGGUUUUGAAGUGAGAAAGAUGUUGGAGGAUGGGAAUUGCCUUUUCCGGGCAGUUGCAGACCAAGUUUACGGUGAUGCAGAAGCAUAUGAUAUGGCAAGGCAAAUGUGUGUUGAUUACUUGGAAAAGGAACGGGAUCAUUUUUCUCAGUUUCUAAUUGAAAGUUUCACUUUAUACUGCAAGAGGAAAAGGAGAGACAAGGUAUAUGGAAACAACAUUGAGAUUCAGGCAUUUGCAGAAAUGUACAACCGCCCUAUACAUAUAUACUCCUAUAGCACUGAACCUAUUAACAUCUUUCAAGGGAGUUAUGUCACUGAUGUCCCUCCAAUUCGGUUAAGUUACCAUCAUGGCAACCAUUAUAACUCACUGGUCGAUCCACGUAGGAUGACAGUGGGUGCAGGUCUUGGAUUCAAUAGUCUUCGAGGGAGAAACAUAGAUAAGGAUCAGAUAAAGACUGCCAUUAAAGCACAGCAAGACCAGCAACUUGAUAAUGCACUUAUAGCUGAGGGGCGUUUCUACUCUGAUCUGGAACUAACAGAGAAGGAAAUUGAGAGGAUGGUGAUGGAGGCUUCACGGGCCGAGUAUUUGGCUAAGGAGAAGUUGAAACAGUAUGCUUUCUCUAUAGAGUCUUCCACAUCCAGUGCAGAACCAUCAUCUUCUGUGGCAAAAACAGGGUCGUCACAAUCUAUAUUAGAGGGAGAGAAUGAGAAAGCACUGCUGCCAGAGAUUAUCCUCAGCAGCAGCAUGCAGAUGGUUCUGUCCAUGGGCUUCGGAUAUAUGCAGGCGAUGGAAGCAUAUAGCAUAUUUGGCGACGAUGUCGAUUCGAUGAUCUGCUACCUGCUGGAGAUGGGAAAUAAUGGCGCUUCUGCUGGGGAAAGGAGGAAUGGAUACAAAGGGAAAGCAGCGGAGUGAGCGAGUUGAAACUGGGGUUUUUAUAUACCAAACAGAAAUAUGGGCGAGAUAUGUCUCUAUGUUUAAAGUGUUUUAGUGGCAGCCAGAAUCAUUCCAAUAAUUUGCUUAGGGGACUUUAGAUGCAUGCAUGAACUUUGCUUAAGGUAAUUAUUCCGUUUGAUGUAAAUUUAGCAGCAUGAGUUUAUGGAUUUUCUAGUGGUAAAUUCCCACCAAA